UUUGUUGCUGCUGAAGCACAACAGAUGCAGUCGAAUAUAAGCCGAGGCUCUUCUUUAACAACAACCACCAACUCCACAUGGCUGUCACGUUCUGGUCUAUAUGCCUUUGGAUUUUACAGGCAAGGCAAUGGCUAUGCUGUUGGGAUAUUUCUUGCUGGAAUUCCCGAAGAGACAGUCGUGUGGACUGCGAAUCGAGAUGAUCCACCAGUCUCCAACAAUGCCACCUUGCUCUUCACAAGUGACGGCCUUGCCUUGCCAACAGCAGAAGGCCAAAAUUACUUGGCAAAAUCUUCUGGCCCUGCUUCUUAUGCUUCCAUGCUUGAUUCGGGUAAUUUCGUACUGUACAAUUCUGGUCGGGAAAUAGUAUGGCAGAGCUUUGAUCAUCCAACCGACACCCUUUUGCCCAGUCAACGCCUUUUAUCAGGAGACGAACUUUUCUCUGCGAAAUCAGAAGCUGAUCACUCAACGGGGAUUUUCCGUCUCAAAAUGCAAAAUGAUGGAAACCUUGUUCAGUACCCUGUAGAUACUCCAGACACCAGUGUUUAUUCUUUUUAUUCAUCUUUCACUGAUGGCGAGGGAGAGAAUGUGACACUUAAUUUUGGUGCUGAUGGCCAUCUCUACUUGCUCAACAGGAAUGGUUCGAAUAUUCGGAAUAUAACAGAUGGAGGUCUUCCUACUGAUGAAGGAAAACUUUAUCUUAUGAGAAUUGAUGUAGGUGGGAUAUUUCGUUUGUAUUCACAUGAUUUGAAAAAGAACGCAAUUUGGUCAGUUGAGUGGGAGUCUUCCAAGGAUAAGUGUGUUCCUAAAGGCCUAUGCGGAUUGAAUAGCUAUUGUGUCUUAAUUGAUCUAGAGCCUGACUGUAAAUGUCUUCCGAGAUUCGAAUCUGUCAACCAGGGAAAUCAGACAUCCGGGUGCGAGAGAAACUUUGUUGCGGAUGCGUGCAAAAACAGGAAUGAGAAUUUCACUUACACCAUGGAAGAGCUGGGAAGCACAACAUGGGAAGAUAUUUCGUAUAUGAGUUUGAGAUUAUCCGACAAAGACGAUUGCAUACAACGCUGUCUGGUGGAUUGUGACUGUGAAGCUGUGUUUUUUGACGGUACAAACUGCAGAAAGCGGAGGCUUCCUUUGAGAUUUGGUAGAAGAGACAAAGGAACUUCAGAGAGAGCUUUCAUCAAGGUAGGUGUACCUACAAAACCAGAUACAGAUCCUAGAAUUGUUCAACCAGGAAGCAAGAAAAAAGGUAGAACUGACAUCCUCAUUAUUGGUCUUUCAUUUACUGCUUUGAUCCAUUUUGUUCUUGAUUUCCGUGAUUGUGUUGUGGAAACACAAUCACAUAAGUGGAUAUGGAUUGGCACGGCUAUUGGCACUGCUGUAUUGGUAAUGGUGCUUUGCAUCUCGAGGAGGAAACUAUUUUCAGGGGAGACCCACCCGAUGGUUGAGAAUGAAUUGCUUGAAUGGAUGGAAUCUGAUAGAUCCACUGGCGAUGUCAACGGGCUUCAAAAUGAUGGAAAGAUGGGAAAUAAUUUGACAGUAUUUCGCUACGCAUCUGUCGUGGCUGCCACAACUAACUUCUCGGAAGAAAACAAGCUCGGACAGGGGGGCUUUGGACCUGUUUAUAAGGGCAAACUUGUGACGGGACGAGAAAUCGCUGUGAAGAGGCUUUCAAGAUGUUCAGGGCAAGGAACUUCGGAGUUUAAGAAUGAAUUGAUACUCAUAUCUGAACUCCAACAUACAAACCUCGUUCAGCUUUUUGGCUUCUGCAUUCAUGGGGAAGAGAGGAUGUUAAUCUAUGCCUACAUGCCAAACAAAAGUUUGGACUACUUUUUAUUCGAUUCAACCAGAGCGAUGCUACUAGAUUGGACGAAGCGGUUCAACAUAAUUGAAGGAAUCGCUCAAGGACUGCUUUACUUGCAUAAAUACUCAAGAAUGAGAGUAAUUCACAGAGAUUUAAAAGCUAGUAACAUACUACUUGAUGAAUAUAUGAAGCCCAAAAUUUCUGAUUUUGGUUUGGCGAGAAUUUUUGCACAUAAUGAACUUGAAGCAAGUACCAAUAGGAUUGUUGGAACAUAUGGUUACAUGUCUCCCGAGUACGCUAUGGAGGGGAUUUUUUCGAUAAAAUCUGACGUCUAUAGUUUCGGAGUGUUAAUGCUUGAAAUCAUUAGUGGUAGGAGAAAUAGUAGCUUCUACAAUGCUGAUCGCGUGCUCAAUAUAGUAGGAUAUGCAUGGGAGUUAUGGAAAGAAGGCAGGGGGCUAGAGCUAAUGGAUCCAACACUAAAGGAUUCAUGUACUGAAGAUCAAUUGUUAAGAUGCUUCCAUGUUGGUCUGUUAUGCGUGGAAGAAAAUGCAGCUGAUCGGCCCUCCAUGUCUGACGUCGUAUCUAUGUUGACCACUGAAACAAUUUCGUUGCCAUUACCUACAAGGCCAGCAUUCAUCACAAUAAGAAAUGUUAUUGUGUCUGAUAUAAGUAUAAGUAGAAGGGAGUUGCAAAUUAUAUCAGUAAAUGGCUUGUCUAAUACCACAGUUGCUGGACGAUAG